AUGGCCCCAGGAGCCCUCCAUUCCGACACUGACAUGGGGGAGCAGCAGAAUGGCGAUAACCGCCAGGAUGCUGCCCUUGACACAACCAUGGACGCUUUAGCAAGGUUUCGCAGCCUUCCACUGCCUCCCUCUGAGUGCCAGGUGUGCAUCGUCGGUGCAGGUCCCGCCGGCUUGAUGCUGGCUACCAACCUCUCCCGCUUCGGAAUCAAAGCCACCGUCAUUGACGACAGGGCUGACCAGACGCCCGUUGGAAGGGCUGACGGUCUGCAACCAAAGACCAUUGAAACCUUUAGACAGAUGCGCCUCGCCGAUCUAUUAUUACAACGGGGAGUUCGAGUGUACGAUAUAUCAUUCUGGCGCAGCACCCCGAAGAACCCCUCCACAGACUCGGCCGCGAAGUGCAUUACCCCCAUAAUCGACGUACUAGACCCGUAUAUCCUCCUUGUCCACCAAGGAAUGGUGGAAAGCCUCUUCAUUGAGGACAUGAGGAAGCGCGGCGUAGAGGUCCGACGGAAUACCGCAUUCGAAUCGUACAAUGUGCCCGAGGAUAAAAGCCGGCCACUGCAGGUGAACUGCCGCACGAAUGUUACCCAGGAUAGGAGAACAAUUCACACACAGUAUCUGAUCGGAUGUGACGGCGCGCAUUCAAAAGUGCGAAAGAGCAUACCAGACGCCCGCCCUGUCGGCAUGUCCCAGGCGGCCAUCUGGGGCGUACUCGAUGGAGAGCUCGUGACUGAUUUCCCGGAUAUCUGGUCCAAGACACUAGUUAACUCCAAGGAGCACGGCUCCAUUCUAAUCAUUAUGGCUCCCUACGAAAUCGAUUGGAAGUACCUCGAAUGGUUCGGACGAUACCAGAUUGGCCAGCGCGUGGCCAGCCGGUUUUGCGACAACCACCUCCGUGCUUUCCUCGCCGGCGAUGCCAGCCACACCCACUCUCCAAAAUCAGCUCAAGGUAUGAACACGUCGAUGCACGAUUCGUGGAACCUCGCCUGGAAGCUCAACUUCUCGGUUCGCGGCCUUGCGAAGCCUUGCCUCAUGGAGAGCUACGAGCAAGAGCGAAGGAAGAUCGCUCUCGAUUUGGUAAAUUUCGACUACGAACAUGCCUACCAGAUCGCGGGAGGUGACGCCGUGGCCAUUGCCGAGAGCUUCAAGACCAACGUGCGGUUCAUGUCGGGCAUCGGGGCCGAAUAUAGCGAGAACCCCAUCAACCAGCCGAUUAACCAGCUGUGGGCCAUGGGCGAUGCGAAGCCCGGAUGUCUUCUUCCUCCUGCCAAGGUCACUCGUUACAUUGACUCCAAUCCCGUCGAUAUCCAACUUGAUAUACCGAUGCUUGGUCAGUUUAGGAUUUACCUCUUGAUGUGGGAUGUCCAACAGGCCGGCCCUUUCCUCGAGACUUUCUGCCAAGCCAUUGCGUCGAGGAAUUCGUUCAUCAGCCAGCUCUCGGCCGCGGCAAGCAUUUCCUACGCUACGCAACCCCGUCUCCCGGCGCCCGAGGACAUUUACCAGCGACCGGAGCGGUAUACCGUCGUGAGCCAUCUCUUCACCUUUGCCUUGAUCAAGAUAUCCGACCUUCCUGCCUUGCUUCAGGACAGCCGCUGGACGUUCUACCUGGAUGAUAUUCCGGAGCAAGAUACCCAGGGAAAGCUGUGCACGAACAAGUGGCUAGGCAGCCUUGGACCCGGCGAGGUGGCUAUCGUCAAUGUAAGGCCAGACGGCUAUGUCGGUUCCGUGGGACGAUGGGAUACGAGCAUGGAUGAUUCUGGUGAGGAAGCAGCGAAAUGGCUGGAUGCAUACUACGAGGGCUUUUGCAGCUCCCGGCGUAAAGGACUAGAGAGCGGGAGCUUCCUAUGCGAGGCAUUUGUUGCUGGCCUCCCCAUGCGUUGCUCGAAAUACCCCAGCCUUGUUUCGGGCCGGGCUAGGAGUUUAGCGACUUGCUAA